AUGUCUACUGAAAAGGACACUAACGUUACAGUGAGUAAAGAUACUGAAAAGGACAUUAACAAUACUAAAGAGGAUAAAAUCGGAGUUCAUGAUCCAUAUGCAUACCAUAGACCUAAUUUUAUUAGAUGGAAGGGGUCAGUUUUAAUCAAAGUAAUUCCUUCUGCUAUAAUAGUUGCAAUAAUAGCAACUAUUGUGACGGUGGUUCAUCUAAACACUACUAUUAAAUUAGGUAUAGAGCCAUCCUUUAUUCCAGUACUUAGUUUUGUUGUAGGUCUAUUACUUACUUAUAGAACAAAUACCGCUUAUGACAGAUUUUGGGAAGGAAGAAAACUUUGGACAACCUUAACUGUAGCUAUAAGAAAUUUAACAAGAUGUAUUUGGAUAAAUAUUUCCGAGAAAGAUGGUUCGAAAGAUAUCGUGGAAAAAGUGUCCGCAAUACAUUUAUUAUCGGCAUUUGCCCAUGCUACUAGACAUUAUCUACGAGAAGAUCCUCCACUCGAAUAUCAUGAUUUACAACAUCUUAUAUCAAAUAUAAAAAGUGAUUUACCAGGAUUUGAACCGAUUGAAGAACAAGAUUUAAGAGAUAAUAUCAAAAAAUAUGGAAAGACUGCGUAA